AUGGACGCGCCGGCGCCCGUUUUAAUUGCCCACAGCCUCAUCGGUCUCGCCCACUGCGCCCACCGGGCCCCUGUACUCCAGGCCCGGUACGGGUCGAUCGCGCCGCGGACGGCGCUGGGCAAGGCGCUGACGAUGGGCUACGCGGUGCUGGGCAUCCCGCUGAUGCUGGUCUACCUGUCGUCGGUGGGCGCGCUGCUGUCGCGCUGCGUGCGCGGCGCCCUGGCGCGGACACUCUGCUGCUGCCUGUGCUCCAACUGCGGCUACUGCUGCUACGACGAGGCGCGCAUGCAGGAGAAGGAGCGCCGCAUGCGCAAGAAGCGCAUGCAGCAGAUGGAGCUCAUACAGCAGCAGCAGCAGCAGCUGGAGCCGUUCUACGUGCGCUCGUCGUCAUCGGUGACGGCGUUCACCACAUCGGCCAGCAGCACGCACAACAACCUGCACUCUCCCGCCCGCGACGGCGACCUGGUCAAGGGCCCGCACCACGACUACGGCGCGGGACUCGACGCCACUCUAGACGGGCCCACCGACGCGCGCAGCGGGUCGUCGUCGCCGGUGCAGGCGUCGCAGCGGGCGCACUGCGGCAGCAUCCUGGCGCCCGUGGCGCUCUGCCUGCUGCUGAUGGUGUGCUACAUCUGCGCCGGCGCCGCCGUGCUCAACCGCCUCGAGCACUGGUCCUUCCUGGACGGCUCCUACUUCUGCUUCAUGAGCCUCAGCACCAUCGGCUUCGGCGACCUCCUCCCCGGCGGUUACUAUACCGUUGCCAGUAAAAACAGUGCUGUACCGGUAACUGUGCACACGACAGGCGGACGCGACGCCAACGGCACCAUCUGGUUCUGCUCCAUCUACAUCCUGACGGGCAUGGCGCUGACGGCCAUGUGCUUCAACAUCCUGCACGACGAGAUCGUGCACCGGCUGCGGCACCACAUGGGGCAGAUAGCGCGGGAGGCAGCGGCGGCGGUGGAGACGCUGUGCAGCGGCGGGACGCCCACGUCGCUGUUCGCUCCGGGGGCGGACUUGGUGGAGGCAGGGUCGGUGGCGCCGCCGCCGCUGCUGCUGGAGCAGCAGCUGCAGCAGCCGGCGCCCGUGCUGGGGGGAGUGUACACAGUGCGCGAGGAGGACGAGUCGCAGGCGGACACUGCGGAAAUGUGA